GGGCUGGAGGGCGGGCGGGGGCGGGCGCAGGUGCGGCUCCGCUCCCGGCUCCGCUCCCGGCUCCGCUCCCGGCUCCGCUCGUGUCUCCGUUUGUUUUCAGCUCCGUUUUGGGCUCCUUUCCCAGCUCCGUUCCCUCCCCGCCACCCAGGCCGGAGCGCAGGUGUGACUCCUGCCCUGCCCAGGCUGGGGCCAUGGCUGACAUGAUUUUUGGCAGCGGGACUGGCCCCUGGGUUUGCCCCAAUGACCGGCAGCUGGCCCUGCGAGCCAAGCUGCAGGCGGGCUGGUCAGUGCACACGUUCCAGAGUGAGAAGCAGAGGAGGCUGCAGGCGCUGAGCCCCGGGGAGCUGGAGGCAAUCCUGGCCGUGGUGCGCAGGGCGGAGCGGCGGGACCUGCAGGAGCGGCAGCGCAUCGGGCGCCUGGUGGAGAGGCUGGAGAACAUGAGGAGGAACGUGAUGGGGAACGGCCUCUGGCAGUGCCUGCUCUGUGGGGAGAGCCUGGGGCUGCUGGGCAGCUCCUCUGUCUUCUGCCAGGACUGCAAAAAGAAAGUUUGCACCAAGUGUGGGAUAGAAACUGCUGGAGCCCAGAAACGUCCUCUGUGGCUGUGCAAGAUCUGCAGUGAGCAGAGAGAGGUGUGGAAGAGGUCUGGGGCGUGGUUCUACCGAGGGCUGCCCAAGUACAUCCCUCCUUUGAAGAGCAGCAGCUGCAAACCCCAGGAGCUGCAGCCCCAGCCCUGGCAGGGCGAGGUGGCUGUGCCAGAGCCUGAGAGCAGCAGCAGCAGCCACUCCUUCACCUGGGCCAGGGGAAAAGUGGUUUCCAGUGACAGUGACAGUGACUCUGAGCUCAGCUCCUCCAGCCUGGAUGACAAACCCAUCCCUGUGGGAUCCCAAGGCUCUCAGGGCAGGAAGCUCCAGGCAGGAAUGGCACCUCCCCUGGGCAGUGAGCAGGGGGCUGAGCUCAGCCCCACGGAGAGUGGCCAGAGUGACCAGCCCUGGGACAGGCACCACGGUGACACCAGCACCCCUGGCAAACGAGGAGUGCACAGCAGAGCACGGCCCUGAUGGAGCUGAAGGUGGAGCUGCUUUCCCUGGAUCCUGCACUGCCAUUCCCCAGAUCCCACUGCAGCCAGGGGUGAUUUUGGGAUGCUGACACCUGGGACAGCAGCUGCCUGUCCUCUGUGAGCCCAGGCUGUGUUUUUUUGGGGAAGGGGUUGCUGGUGGUUCUGGGGUGAGUCUGGGGGAGCUGUGCUGCUGCUCCCUCCCUCUCUGCUCAGGGUACAGAAACACUCCCAGCAGUUUGCUGUGGAUUUUUCCCUCCCCUUGGCUGUGCCCUGGCUGGUGUGGGGCUGUGGGAUCAGGGCAGAUGUGUGUUUGCUGCAACCCCCAGCCCAGCUGAGUGCCCAAAUUGGAUAAAAAAAGCUUCAGAUGAUUUUUUUAUCUUGUAAAGCUCUGCAGAUUCCCCUCCCACCUGCACACCUUACAUGAGCAAGGGCCUUUCUUUUGCCUUUUUCCUGGAAGUCUUGAGCAUGUGGCUGACUCUGGUGGUGUCAUCAUGAGUCAGGCUGUUGAAAAGUGUGUGCCCUGUUCCUGCUUAUCCUCCAGGACAGAAAAUUUCCCUCUAAAGCCUGACAGAUGAGAAAAAUCAAAUUACCUACAUCUCUAGAGCAAUUAGAUCUUUGAAGACCUGAACAAAACCCACACUGGGCUGGUAGAAGUCUGUGGAUUUUAUUAAAUGCUUUGGAGCUGACCUGUCUAUAAUGAAGAAACAAAGAAUUCCAAAAAGUUCCCUCUGAAAUCACAGAGUUAAAGGCAAUUUGUGCCCAUUAAUGUCAGCCUUUCCCCUCAGUUAUUACUCUCUUGUUCUGUUUUCCUUUGCACUGGGCACUUUGUGUGCAUGUAGUAUGUGUUCUUACAAAUGGCUGCAGUAUGAAGAUAAAUGAGAUGGGGUGCUGGAACACUCCAGCAGGAUUGGAAAUCAAUCCCUGACUUGCUCUUUAACUGGCCAUGGCCCAUUCCCUGACUGCUUUCCCAGCUAAUGUGCUGUGGCAGGUUGCUGGUGAAAUGUUUCCUCUGUGAUCUGCUCCUGCCCUUUUACAAAUGACAACAAAACCUUUGGCUCCCUGAGAUGGCAAUCACUGAAUGUGGGCUCCCCACCACCAGUGCUGGACAGAGCAAGGGAUGAGGUUUGUCUCCCCUGAGGGGUUUUUAUGGCAUGGGCUGUGCUGUGAACCUGCACCUAUGGAAUGGGCAAUGCCAAAACCAUCAGCUGUACCUGAGAAAAGUAACUCCAGCUGUCACCUUUUGUUGAAAUAGUGGUGUGGUUUCAGAGCUGCUCCUUCUGAGAGCUGUGGGGUCUUCAAUUUCCAAAGUGUUUAGGUACCAGAAGGAGUUCUGUUUUGCCUUGAAGCUUUUGCCAGUGCUGGUGAGGCUUGUCUGGCUCAUCCCUGCAGUGCCUCAGACAGCCUGGCCUGCCAGGCAAAGCUAACUCUGCUGCAGAAGGAGAAGGAAAAAGGCUUUUAGGAGCUGACUCUGUUUUCUUUAAACCUGUUACUUUCUCGUCAGCAGCUCUGCACUGGGUUGGAAAGAGCUUUUUAAAAUGAGGAGUGUCAUUUCUGGCUCUCCUUGGUGCUCCAUCCUGGGCAGCCCAGCCCCAUCCCCACCCCUGGAAUCCCUGCUGUGCCACUGGCAGGCACCAGCCUGAUUUCUAGCUGAGCCCAGCUUUGAUAAAACACUCUCAGAGAGAAAUCUGACAUGGCUCUGGUGCCAGUGAGACUGGAAACUUUUCUUUCUUAUGUCUGUAUUUUAUCCAUGGGGUAAUUGCACCUGUGUUCAAUCUGUGGGGAGACUCCUCUUGGAUUGAGGGAAGGAUCAGUUCCUGGGCAGUGUGAUCCAAGCACAACUCAGCUCUCUGCACUAUUUUAUUUUGAAGACUUUUCCCUUUGUGCUGAUUCUCUUGGUUGUGUUUUGCAGCUUUUGUUGGAAUAUCAUCCUGAACUUGUAUCUGUCUUUUGAGCUGGCAAGAAGGGCUCAGUGAAUGUG